AUGCAAUUUUUCACUUUCCCAGAGCAAAGGACGCUCCAUAAAAAGGUCAAAAUGUCUCGUCCUGAUGACAAGGCCUCCAAGCUUCUAGAGUCAAUACCAGGGUUUCCUCCACCGAUACCUGAGAUCCAGGAGGUGAAGGUCGUAAUGAGGCUGAGAGCUUCUCCACCAGGACGGUCUGGACAACAAGUCUGUUCUCCUCCACAAGACAGUGAACAGAGAUCUGCUCCGCACCCAGUUUUCAGGAAAGACUCUAAGGACAUAGUGGUGGAUUUUACAACACAAUCUGAUCGUCCAAAACUUGAGGCAAAGAAAUCCAUGGAUUAUCCAAUGGGGUUUAAGACGAAGGAGUCUGUAUUCGGUCCUUCAAAUCCUGAGACAGACAGUUUCGUGGCUUCUCCUGCAACGUCUCGCAAAGAAGAUCCUGUGGUCGAUGCUCCUGCACAGUCCUGUGUGCUCCACUAG